UGGCGCGCGCCGAACCCCACCGGUUGAAGACAAAGGGAAUCCCCAGGUUCCUCGGUGGAACCCCGGGAACCGCGCGGCGCGGGUCCCCAGGACUUUCCUGCUCCGAGUCGAGAGUGCGGAUGCUCGAAUCCGCCCCAAAGGAUGCUCCCUGCCUGGUACCAUUCCAGCCACCGACCAGGACUAAUAGUGCUGCAGGGAUGACUUCAAGGACAUGACUUGUUGACCUCAUCCCAACAUCAGAACCUCAACUGUUCUUCUGUAUUUUGCACCAUUCCAGGCAACUUGACUCUAGAUGGCAAUACGAUGGAAUCUUAGAGGUCUGAUGGAAAUUCACUGUGAUAUUCAUAUCAAGAGAGCUUGCUGAAACUCAGAGAGCCUUUUUUCCAUGGGCCCUAAUGGUAGUCUCCAGACGGUGGAACCUCAGGUGGUCCUUUUUCUUCAGAGGCAAGAAUAAGCUUUGGAUCUUGACCUGCGAAACCAUCCGUGGAAAAAAUGGUAUGCGAGGGAAAGCGAUCCUCCUCUUGCCCUUGUUUCUUCUUGCUGACAGCCAAGUUCUACUGGAUCCUCACAAUGAUGCAAAGAACUCACAGCCAGGAGUAUGCCCAUUCCAUCAGACUAGAUGGGGACAUCAUUCUUGGGGGUCUCUUUCCUGUGCAUGCAAAAGGAGAGCGAGGGGUGCCUUGUGGGGAGCUGAAAAAGGAAAAGGGGAUCCACAGACUGGAGGCCAUGCUUUAUGCAAUCGACCAGAUUAAUAAGGACCCUGAUCUCCUCUCCAACAUCACUCUGGGUGUCCGGAUCCUUGACACGUGCUCCAGGGACACAUAUGCUUUGGAGCAGUCACUCACAUUUGUGCAGGCUUUAAUCGAGAAAGAUGCUUCCGAUGUAAAGUGUGCUAAUGGCGAUCCACCCAUUUUCACCAAGCCUGACAAGAUUUCUGGCGUCAUAGGUGCUGCAGCAAGCUCUGUGUCCAUCAUGGUUGCUAACAUUUUAAGACUUUUUAAGAUACCUCAAAUCAGCUAUGCAUCCACAGCCCCAGAGCUAAGUGAUAACACCAGGUAUGACUUCUUCUCUCGGGUGGUUCCCCCUGACUCCUAUCAAGCGCAAGCCAUGGUGGACAUUGUGACAGAAUUGGGGUGGAAUUAUGUGUCAACACUGGCAUCUGAAGGCAACUAUGGAGAAAGCGGCGUGGAGGCCUUCACGCAGAUCUCAAGAGAGAUUGGUGGUGUUUGCAUUGCUCAGUCACAGAAAAUCCCACGUGAACCAAGACCUGGAGAAUUUGAAAAAAUUAUUAAACGCCUACUAGAAACACCUAAUGCUCGGGCAGUGAUUAUGUUUGCCAAUGAAGAUGACAUCAGGAGGAUAUUGGAGGCAGCAAAAAAAUUAAACCAAAGUGGCCAUUUUCUCUGGAUUGGCUCUGAUAGUUGGGGAUCCAAAAUAGCACCUGUUUAUCAGCAAGAGGAGAUUGCAGAAGGGGCUGUGACAAUUUUGCCCAAAAGAGCAUCAAUUGAUGGAUUUGAUCGAUACUUUAGAAGUCGAACUCUUGCCAAUAAUCGGAGAAAUGUGUGGUUUGCAGAAUUUUGGGAAGAGAAUUUUGGAUGCAAGUUAGGAUCACAUGGAAAAAGAAACAGUCAUAUUAAGAAAUGCACAGGCUUGGAGAGAAUUGCUCGGGACUCAUCUUAUGAACAGGAAGGAAAGGUCCAGUUUGUGAUAGAUGCUGUGUAUUCCAUGGCUUAUGCUCUGCACAAUAUGCACAAAGAUCUUUGUCCUGGUUACAUUGGGCUUUGCCCACGAAUGAGUACCAUUGAUGGAAAAGAGCUACUUGGUUAUAUUCGGGCUGUAAAUUUUAAUGGCAGUGCUGGGACACCUGUCACUUUUAAUGAAAAUGGAGAUGCUCCUGGACGUUAUGAUAUCUUCCAGUAUCAAAUAACCAACAAAAGUACAGAGUACAAAGUCAUUGGGCACUGGACCAACCAGCUGCAUCUAAAAGUGGGAGACAUGCAAUGGGCUAAUCGGGAGCACACUCACCCAGCCUCUGUCUGCAGCUUGCCUUGUAAGCCUGGAGAGAGGAAGAAAACAGUGAAGGGAGUCCCAUGCUGCUGGCACUGUGAACGCUGUGAAGGUUACAACUACCAAGUGGAUGAGCUUUCUUGUGAACUCUGCCCUUUAGACCAGAGGCCAAACAUCAAUCGCACUGGCUGCCAACUAAUCCCCAUCAUCAAAUUGGAGUGGCAUUCACCAUGGGCUGUGGUGCCUGUAUUCAUUGCAAUAUUGGGAAUCAUAGCCACCACUUUUGUGAUCAUGACCUUUGUCCGCUACAAUGACACUCCUAUAGUGAGGGCUUCGGGACGUGAACUUAGUUACGUGCUUCUCACGGGGAUCUUUCUCUGUUAUUCAAUCACCUUUUUAAUGAUCGCAGCACCAGAUACCAUCAUAUGCUCCUUCCGACGGAUCUUCCUGGGACUUGGCAUGUGUUUCAGCUACGCAGCCCUUCUCACCAAAACAAACCGAAUACACCGAAUAUUUGAGCAGGGGAAGAAAUCAGUCACAGCCCCCAAGUUUAUUAGCCCAGCAUCCCAGUUGGUGAUAACCUUCAGCCUCAUCUCUGUCCAGCUCCUGGGAGUGUGUGUUUGGUUUGUUGUAGAUCCUCCCCAUAUCAUCAUUGACUAUGGAGAACAGCGGACCCUAGACCCAGAGAAGGCCAGGGGGGUGCUGAAGUGUGACAUUUCUGAUCUCUCACUCAUUUGUUCACUGGGGUACAGUAUUCUCUUGAUGGUUACUUGUACUGUUUAUGCCAUUAAAACAAGAGGGGUACCAGAGACUUUCAAUGAAGCCAAGCCUAUUGGAUUUACCAUGUACACCACCUGCAUCAUUUGGUUAGCUUUCAUUCCCAUCUUUUUUGGUACAGCCCAGUCUGCAGAAAAGAUGUACAUCCAGACCACAACACUUACUGUCUCCAUGAGUUUAAGUGCUUCAGUAUCUCUGGGCAUGCUCUAUAUGCCCAAGGUUUAUAUAAUAAUUUUUCAUCCAGAGCAAAACGUUCAAAAACGCAAGAGGAGUUUUAAGGCUGUGGUGACAGCAGCCACCAUGCAAAGUAAACUGAUCCAAAAAGGAAAUGACAGACCAAAUGGCGAGGUGAAAAGUGAACUCUGUGAGAGUCUUGAAACCAACACCUCCUCUACCAAGACAACAUAUAUCAGCUACAGCAAUCACUCGAUUUGAAACAGGGAAAUGAUACAAAAUGAAGAUAUCUGGUGUGUGAUCUUAAACAAUGAACACCGCCAAACUCACUUCUGAAGAGCUCUGUAGACAACAAUCAACUAAAUAGUCAAUCUUGUAAGAAACAAAAAGUAGCCAUGAGUCCAAAUAUCAAUAACAGAGUGAAGAAAAUGUUUUAUCCACUACAACCAAUAAGUGUCAAACUAAAGUAUUGCUUAUUAUGAGCAGUUAAACACACACACACACACAAACACAAACACACACAAACAAACACACACACGGAAAACCAAUGUUAGCUUGUGAAAAAAAAAAAAGCUGUUGAAAUAAAACCAUGUCUGAUGUUAUUCUUGUAUUUUUCUGUGAUUGUGAGAUUCCCGUUCCUGUCCCACAUUGUUCAACUUGUAUAAGACUCUAAGUCUGUUUCUUGUAAUGGCUGACCAGAUUGAAGCCUCCUGGAUUGUGCUAAAAAUAAAUGCAAUGGUUGACGCAUGCAAAUUUUUAUACAAAUAAUUUAUUUCUAAUAAUAAAGGAAUGUUUUGCAAAUGUU